CAUGCGCGACGUCAUACCCGCGUUGGGUCGCCAUCUUUGAAUUUUUGCCUCAGACCGGCUCCAGGCUGGUUGUGAAUUUUUCCCUUUUCCAUCCGUGAGCAUCGGCCUCCACACAACCAGCAAACAUGGUGGUGGGCAAGAGCUCCAAGAUGCAGGCUCACCUGAACUACAGGAUGCGGGUGACCCUGCAGGACAGCCGUGUGUUUAUCGGCACCUUCAAGGCCUUCGACAAACACAUGAACCUCAUCCUGGUUGACUGUGAUGAGUUCCGUAAGAUCCGCCCUAAGAGCCAGAAGCAGGAGGAGCGAGAGGAGAAGCGAGUCCUGGGCCUGGUGCUGCUGCGAGGAGAGAACAUCGUGUCCAUGACUGUGGAGGGUCCUCCUCCGGCAGAUGAGGGAGUGGCUCGUGUGCCAAUUCCAGGUGCCGGACCAGGACCAGGCAUGGGCAGAGCAGCUGGCAGGGGAGUGGCCAAUGUGGCAGGCCCAUCUGCACCUGCAGGUCUGGCUGGACCAGUCCGGGGAGUAGGUGGUCCAUCGCAGCAGGUGAUGACUCCUCAGGGCAGAGCAGCAGUGUCUGCACCUCCACAGCAGUACCAGAGACCACCAGGCCCACCUCCGGGUGCAAGAGGACCUCCUGGAGGUCCCCCCAGGAUGAUGGGCCCCCCUCCUGGCAUGGGUGGCAGGGGGAUGCCACCAGGCAUGCCCAUGGGAAUGCCUCCACCUGGUAUGAGACCGGGUAUGAGACCAGGUGGACCUCCCCCUGGCAUGAUGAGAGGACCCCCACCCCCAGGCAUGAGACCACCACCUCGUCAGUGAUAGAUGUAACUUUCUACAGGGACUUACAGCCAACAUUUUGUAGACUGGUAGUUUUGAGGGCCUUACGAUGAGUAGGCAAGACACAAUGUAAACAUUCCUGUCUUGAGGCACUGGCAGAGAGUUAGAGAUACAAGCCUGGAACAAUUUAAGAUAUAUUUGUACCACUUUAAGUUUUGUUUAACAAUGUACAGGCAUGUCUUCAGAAGAUGUGUUGGGUAAGGCCGAGAGAAACUAAAACUGUUUUGGAUUUGAGAUCAAGUAUAAAUACUUGAGGAUGGGCAGUAUGAUAAAGGAUACAAGGAAUUCCAAAGCAAAAGUGUAAUACUUUUUCUGGUUUCAUACAGGUGUCAGGAAUAGUCAUUAAAAGAAUCAGUGCUAGAUUGAAACAUGUAAAAAAUUUGAUACUGUUGACAGGGGAUGCUUUACAUUGUACAUUUUGUGUUGUAUCACUUAGUUAGAUUUCUCAAGGACAAUAAAUGGGAUGGAUUUGUA